AUGUAUAACUCAGCCAACGAGGAAAUAACUUUCGUUAAUUUCAUCCCGCUUACACCAAUCACUAGCCCCAAUUUUGGCUUUUCACUCUUGACGGAAUUUCUGGCACUCUUUCUCGUAGUAGCUGCAAGACAAGCAUUUAUUAAUCAGCAAUUAGAAACUGUCAAGCGUGAAUCAUGGUUUGUCGAAAGUUCUCAAAAC